AUGUUCGCGACUCCAAUCCUCCGCGCCGCCGCGCCGGCCGGCUUCUGGCGACGAUCCCUGGAUGAGUUCAAAAGGCAAGCCAAAAUCGCCGUCAAGAUGGAAGGCCUGCACCAACCCACAAAACCCUUCACACUCGUCAAGUUCGACACAGAAGACAGCAUACCUCGGUGUAAGAUUAUGUGCGACAGCGAUAUGGGAGGCUUCAGCAAAGCAGCAUUGACUUUCGUACCUGGGAGCACAACAUCACAUGAGGAGGACUCUACAUUACAAUCAGAAAAGAGCUCGAGCGGUACAUCAGUCGAAACUGCCGCUGCAGAACCUGCACAUGCCCUCUUCAAAGGCGCAAUAUCGACCGAACUCCCACUCAACCGACCGAAUGUACAACGAUCAGGCUAUGCAGCAUGGCGAACGCAAGACCGAGGACUCUCAUUAUUCGGCAAGCUCCUCUGGGACAUCGAUCCAUACGCCUUCCUUGCGCUCCGGAUCAAGAGUGACGGUAGGAAGUACUUUGUCAACAUUCAGACCGAAAGUAUCGUGCCGACCGAUCUACAUCAACAUCUCCUCCCAUGCGCGAAACCAGGCGAGUGGGAGACUGUCACGAUUCCCUUCUCAGCAUUUGUACGGACAAAUUUCGGAAUGGUAGUGGAGCCCCAAAAGGAGAUGAUGAGGCAGAAGGUCAGGAGUAUUGGCAUUGGGUUGAUCGAUCGAGUGCCGGGACCUUUUGAGCUGAGAGUUGCGGAUGAUGUAUCUGUCACCGAUCGAGGAGUGUGA